AUGGUUGUCGGGCUCCUUACCAUCACCGCCAUCCCCACGAUCACAGGCGUCGCCGAAGCGGUGAGUGCACAGAAGCGCCAGAAUGCUGCUUCCAAAGAGCAGGAAAAGAUCAAUCUGGCAGCAGAAUUUGACGGGACACGUCCGCCGAGCGAGGGCUUGCUGGCCUGUUUCCUGAAGGAUGGAAAGAUAGUGCUGCAAUUCCCGGGGCAGAAUGUCCGCGGCCACAAAUUCUGUGGCUUUCACUUCAAGUAUCCCCGCGAGGAGCGGCUCCUGGGGCUGGUGAGCAGCAUACAGGAUGAGCCACCCAUGCUCAACUGGAUCUACGUCAACCGAGAGACGCGUGCGUUGCAGUACGGCGCGCUCAAGGACACCCUAGGUCACAUUGUAGGCCCAUGGGGCUGGAGCGAAGACGAACGGUUUCUGACCUUGAAUGGGGCCAUCGGCGGAUUCACGGCGAGGAAACGGGAACUCGACGGUGUGGAGAGGUGGAUAUUGUACUGGGAGCCAGACGAGCCAGACGAGCAACAGGGACGCUCGGGGUCGGUACGGCUUCAUCGAAAGCCGGUAUUCGGAGUGGAAAGCUCCUACGUGAGAGACGGACAAGAUUGA